AUGCUGGAAGCACGGAUCAAGCGACAAGCAGCGAGAACGCCAGAAUACCAAGCCCAAGUCGCCAAGGCGGAAGGUAAUCUUCAGUUGAUCAACAUGAUUCUAAUGAGCUUCUCGGCUGAGCAAAACGCCUGUGUUGAUCAGCGGGAAGAGAUCAGCCAGAUCUUCGAUCUUUCCACUCGUUAUCGAGAGCAGGGCACUGCUGAAUUCAGUCGUUGUUCUAGACCAUGGAAAUCAGGUUGCUGA